CGAUGUCACAUCCGGUCUCUUUUGGGCUUCACGGGGCUCCAGCAUGGCGGAUACCGGUGUGGCGGAGACGCUCCUACUGCGGGUUGAGAAAGUGGACGAUGGCGUGGACAGCCUGGAAGUGGCGACCAGCCUCGGGGUGGACCACCAGGUCAUCGUCGGUGCCGUGAAGAGUCUGCAGGCUCUCGGCGACUUAAUCUCGGCCGAGCAGCGCUCGUCCAAGAGCUGGGAGCUGACGGAGGAGGGCACGGAGAUAGCCGAGCAGGGCAGCCACGAAGCCCGGGUCUACAGCUCCAUCCCGCUGGAGGGUCUGCCUCAGAGCGAGCUCAUGAAGUUGUCCUUUGGGAAGAUCGGCUUCAGCAAGGCCAUGUCCAACAAGUGGAUUAGGGUGGACAAGACACACGAAGGCGGCCCGAGGAUAUUCAAGACUGUGGAGAGCAUCGAAGACCAGGUCAGAGAGAAGCUGCUUCUGGUACAGAAAGGCAACACCUCUCAGCUGGAGGAGAAAGAAAAGAAUGAGCUGAAGAAGAGGAAACUGCUCUCUGAAGUGACGGUGAAGUCGUACUGGAUCGCUAAGGGCGCCUCUUUCAGCACCACCGUCACCAAACAAGAGACAGAGCUCACCCCGGAGAUGAUUGCCAGUGGCAGCUGGAAAGAGAAGAAAUUUAAGCCCUACAACUUUGAGGCCAUGGGCGUGCCCCCUGACUGUGGCCACCUGCACCCGCUGAUGAAGGUGCGAACACAGUUCAGGCAGAUCUUCCUGGAGAUGGGCUUCACAGAGAUGCCGACCAACAACUUCAUAGAGAGCUCUUUCUGGAACUUUGACUCCCUGUUCCAGCCCCAGCAGCACCCGGCCAGAGACCAGCACGACACCUUCUUCCUGUCCGACCCGGCACGCGCCCUUGAGUUCCCACAGGAAUACCUAGAGAGAGUGAAGAAGGUCCACUCAGAGGGAGGCUUUGGUUCACAAGGGUACAAAUACAACUGGAAGAUAGAGGAGGCUCAGAAGAACAUACUCCGCACUCACACUACAGCAGUCAGUGCACGCAUGCUGUAUAAACUAGCACAACAGGAGAAGUUCACCCCUGUCAAGUAUUUCUCCAUCGACCGGGUGUUCAGGAACGAGACCUUAGAUGCCACCCAUCUGGCAGAGUUCCACCAGAUAGAGGGUGUGGUGGCCGACUACGGACUCACACUGGGGGACCUCAUGGGCAUCCUGCAUCAGUUCUUCACCAAACUAGGGAUCACCAAACUACGCUUCAAGCCUGCCUACAACCCAUACACAGAGCCCAGCAUGGAAGUGUUCAGCUACCAUGAAGGAUUAAAAAAGUGGGUGGAAGUAGGAAACUCGGGGGUCUUCAGACCAGAGAUGCUGCUGCCCAUGGGUCUUCCUGAGGAUGUGUCAGUAAUUGCGUGGGGGCUGUCUCUGGAAAGGCCCACCAUGAUUAAAUACGGCAUCAACAACAUCAGAGAACUGGUGGGACACAAGGUGAACCUACAGAUGGUCUACGACAGCCCUUUAUGCCGAAUGGACUCCUGAGUUUAUCAUUAUUGUUUUGGAUGGACACACGUUACCUUUACAUAUUGACACCUCAUUUCUGCGUCCCCCUUGAGAAAGCUCUCUACCCUCUGAUUAUUAUUGCCAGCCCAAGCUCGGACAGUAAAAACGAGUUGGUCUGAGGUUGGUUCAUACAACACAGAUGGAUCACAGUAAACUGACUUUAAAGGACUUCCACACACAUUGGAGCAGCCUUUGUAUGAAGUGAAUACUGUUCUGCCAUGCAAAACAUCAGUGUGAGUCUUAACUUUGUUAGAUACAAAGUCAAGCUAUAUAUAUAUAUAUAUAUAUAUAUAUAUAUAUAUAUAUAUUUUUUUUUUUUAAAUCACCCUGCCUCAGUUACUACAGCAAAUGACCUACUUGUACAGGAGAAAAAAAUACUACUUUACACAAUAAAAAGCUUUUUUUUUUCAAAUACCAAUACAACCUGACUUGUGUGUUUUGAUGUUUUUAAACAUGAUGUAUUGUAAUCUUAGAAUUAUAAGGUUCCAUCUGACUUUUUUUAAAUAAGUCAUUUACAUGACGCUAUUUUUUUAUUUGCAAUUUUGUUUACUUUUAGUUAGAUUUAUAUGCAUAAAUUACCCUAAAAUUUGAAGUCAAAUAUCCAUCCGUAACUUGGUUCUGUACGGUUUUACCUGCAAAGCCUAUCAGAAUGAACACAAGAUCACAAGUUCUGCAUCUUUACCUCACUGCUGUGUCAGAGGUGAAAGCUGAGAAGAAAAGUGCACAUUCAGAAGGUUUGAAACCUCUGUACAGAAGGCUACUGAAAGUAAUUUUUUAUCAUGCUGGGCAACUAGCUUGCUAAUUAUUAAUUAGCAGUAACCCAAAUCAUGUCUCUUAGCAUAAUCAAUGAUUUUUAUAGACCUUUUCCAAAGCAGACAUAUUUUUUGACAUAUGUAGCAGGAAAAGCACAGGUGUGUUUGAUAACAUUAAUGAUGGCUGCAUUCCACUUUUUGUGCAUGCUCGCUCACUGGAAUUACUUACUUACUUACUGGGAAACCUGAUGGAACUCAGACAGCAUUAAUGUUUAUUCCACAGAAAAUUCAAAAUGUCUGUGUAUUGUAAAUGUUGUUUUUCUAUCAAAAAUGUUAAACCUUUGAACCUCAAUUUCUCAUAAUCAGUCAAAUCGCAGACACAAACUUAUAAAAAGGUUGCGCCAUCUGUUGUGGAAGAUAUUUCAUGGUGCUAAUUUACAUAUACCCAUUAACAGACAUUUUAUAUCCAUCUGUGCUGUAGGUUUGCUGUGUCUGUUAUGAAAAAGAGUGUUUGGAUGUGAUUUAACAGUAUGGUUACGCUACAGUUGACCUUCACAACUUAUUUAACAAUGUCAUUGAAUGUGUGCCUGUGUCUGCCCAGUGUUUAUUGGAAAGUCGAUGUGGGUAUGGAAGUCUGUCUGUCUGGUAUUUAGUCAGAGCAUAUCCUAAUCCUUUAUCUCCCAUAGUGACUUUUUAAAACUUGAUGAUUCUUGUAUCUGCCAAUCUUUUCUCCUAAUCUUAAACCUCAUGUUGAAUACAGUUUGUCUUAUCCAAUGAAA